AACAUUAGAGACAGUGUACCCGUACUACAUCAAAGCUCCUAGUGAUUCUCUGGCAAAACCCAUAAAGCAGCUAUUGACAGACUGCAGAUGGGAAAACAUUACAGUUUCCCUGGUAAAAAAUGUGUCCGAUGAGGGAGUUCGUGAGUGGUGGGUUUUGAAUCAGCUCGGAAAAAGAUACAAAACGUCUGAAGAAAGUCUUGAACUCUUCAUAUUCAGUGAUAAAGUCAGUCCACCAAGCCUUGGAUUCUUGGCUGGUUAUGGCAUUAUGGGACUAUACGCCUCAGUUGUCCUGGUGAUAGGGAAGUUCGUCCGUGAAUUUUUCAGUGGGAUCUCUCACUCCAUCAUGUUUGAGGAGCUACCCAAUGUAGACCGAAUCUUGAAGUUGUGUACUGACAUUUUCUUAGUGCGAGAGACUGGAGAACUGGAACUAGAAGAAGACCUGUAUGCCAAACUAAUAUUCCUGUAUCGUUCACCAGAGACUAUGAUCAAGUGGACUAGGGAAAAAACUAAUUGAUCUCUUUGGUGUCACACUGCAAAUCAAGUUGAUUUCAUCUGAAUUUUAAAGGGAAAAAAAAAAAAAAAAAGCACAAUAUUCUCUUAAGAGCUAAGCCUUUUAUAGUUAGGUAGCAAUGAUUUUUCACUGAAGGAGUCCUGGAAGCUACGGCCUUAGGAAUCCAUGCUGCCUUUCAAAUUAAGGAUCGACAAUGAAGAAGGUUGGAUGAUCUGUUGUUUUUAAUGUGCCACUCCUCUACAAUCUGGGGAUUGCUUUGUAAUUUAAUCAACAAAAAGUUUGCAUCCUUGUCUGUCUGGCUAAUUUAAUUUUCCAGACGAUCGUUACCCUUAAAGAGAAAAGAAAGGAGUGAACCCACAGAUGACUCCAGUGUACCUUCUUAAGCCUUUCUGGAGCCAUACAGGUUGGAUUGUGCAAUAUGCUGUUGUACAUCACUGACUUUCAAGCCACAGUAAUGGGACGCUGACUAGCCUUCAGGACACCCAAGACCCAGGGCCACAGUGGGAACUGAAGAUAUUCUAGCCAUACCCAUUUGUAGAAAAGCAGAGGUUUGGAUGUACAAAGGACACUGUGGACAAACCUCUGUUAGCGAAAAGAAAACAAGUAACAAUCUCUUUAAAUGCCUUAUUUUAUUUGUACAGUCACAGAACACAUUUCCACCAAACAUCAAUGACUUUUCUCAGGAAAAAAAAAAAAUCAACUGAAACUUGACACUUUGUCGAGGUUAACUGAUGGCUAGAAUAAUUAUGGUGAAAUAUUGGGGUGUUCUGCUGGGCCAUUCUCUUCAAAGUUACUGCUUUCCAUUAGAUGAGAAAAGAAAGUGAAUUCAUUGACCUAAGGAGCUACUUCAUUUCUUAUAACCCUUUAAAGACUGAAUAGUGUGUGCUUCUCUCUGCUCCCCAUGACAUGCUUUUUCCCAUUUCGAUGAUUUAAGGCAACUGUUGUUUU